AUGUAUCGCCAGAUACUCGUCGCCCCCGAGGAUCGUCACCUACAAAAGAUCCUCUGGCGUCACAGCGACAAGGCAGCUCCGCAGGAAUAUGAACUGGACACAGUCACUUACGGCAUGGCAUGUGCUCCGUUCCUGGCGAUGCGCACCCUGAGACAACUCGCCGACGAUGAAGCGGCCCACUUCCCCAAGGGAUCAGCGGCUCUGCGCCGGGACGUCUACGUGGAUGAUAUCCUCACGGGCACACCCACCAUCGAGGAAGCCAUGGACCUCCAGCGGCAGUUGACGGAGUUGUGCACGGCGGGCCUGGACUGGGACACUCCAUUGGCCGAUGCCGACACGCAACUGUGGAGCAAGUUCCACGACGAUUUCCCGAGCUUGGAGGAGAUCCGCGUCCCGCGGCACAUACUCCUCAGCGCAGCACACGCGCGAAUCGAGCUGCAUGGCUUCGCGGACGCGUCCGAGCGGGCCUACACCGCCGUCAUCUAUGCGCGGACGGAGACCUGCAAUGGACAAAAAUACAUCUCGUUGGUUUCAGCAAAGACCAAGGUAGCGCCGUUGAAGACGGUGACUCUACCUCGCUUGGAGGUCUGCGCGGCCUCUCUUUUCACCAAACUGGCGGCUCACGUUCAGCGGGUUCUCGAGGCCGGGAACGCGCCCAUUCACCUGUGGUCCGACUCAACUGUUGCAUUGUGCUGGAUCCGCGGCCAUCCGUCACGCUGGAAGGUGUACGUCGCCAACCGGGUCACCGAGAUCCAGACAACAUUGCCAGGAGCCCAGUGGCAUCAUCUCCCGGGGACGGAGAACCCCGCCGACUGCGCGUCGCAAGGAAUCUCCCCGAGCGAGCUGGUCACGCACCCGCUCUGGUGGAAGGGUCUACCCUGGCUGAUGGAGGACAGAGCAUCGUGGCCAGACUCUCGUGACGAGGAGCUCGCCGGCGAGCUGCCGGAGGAGCGCGUUAGAGCGCUCGCUGCCACUGCGCCACCGGCGGAGGCGACCGAGCCAGAGGAGCUGACGCGUUUCUCCUCCCUGAAUCGUCUGCUGCGGGUGACCGCUUGGUGCAGGCGAUGGAGUCGCCCAGUAGCGGCUCCGCGGGCACCCCCCGCCACAGAGCAGCCCCCGACCAAGGACACCCUGUCGGCCGCGGAGUAUGAUGACGCUCGGCUGACGUGGAUCCGGGUGGUGCAGGCUGAGACAUACAACGAGGAAUUAAAAACGCUCGCGCGGGGAGCCCCGCUAUCCAAGAGCAACCCACUGAUUAAGCUUACCCCGUUUUUAGAUCCUCAAGGAAUCCUCAGGGUUGGUGGACGUCUCAAACAUGCCCUCCUGGCCUACGACGAGCGACAUCCGCUAAUCCUGCCAAGCUCGUCGCACUUCAGGCGGCUCACCCUUGGGCCCUACAGGCAACAUUACUGGAUACCCCGAGGGCGGCAGCUGAUCAAGGAGGUGAUCCAACGUUGCGUCACUUGCGUCCGAUGGCGGGCGGCCACGCAGCAGCAGAUCAUGGGGGACCUGCCACGUCUUCGCGUCACGCCUGCGAGACCAUUCCUGUGCACCGGCGUCGAUUACGCCGGCCCCAUCCAGCUGCGCACGACAAAGGGGCACGGACAUCGCGCGCACAAGGCCUUCAUCGCGGUCUUCGUGUGUCUCAGCAUGAAGGCCGUGCAACUGGAGGUCGUGUCGGACUACUCGGCGGAUGCGUUCUUGGCCGCCCUGCGGCGAUUUACAGCUCGGCGAGGGCUUUGUCGCAGCCUGCAUAGUGACUGCGGCACGAACUUCGUCGGGGUCGACACUCAACUUCGAACGUACUUCACCGCCAGCAGUCCGGAGCAGCGGAAGAUCGCCGACCAGAUGGCCAACGAACAGAUAAAGUGGUGCUUCAAUCCACCGUCAGCACCCCAUUUCGGCGGUCUUUGGGAAGCGGCGGUGAAGUCGUGCAAACAUCACCUCAGGAGAGUCGACGCUCGGAGAAUCGACGCUCACCUUUGA